CAUGGAGGGGAGGGACAGCGGAGAAGAGGAAAUUUGGCCGGGAAUGAGCAAUAAGAAAUAGCAGAGGCAAAGCUGGAGUGGACAAGUUGUCUGUGUGCACAUACAAAAGGCGUGUGAGCCUUUCGCCACCCAAGAGAGGAUCGCUCACCACUCGUGUGCCCAAAAAAGGGCUUCCCGUCUGCUGCUAGGAGAGCUCCACCCAGACUUGGGAGAGCUGUUCCUCGAAGAGCCUCAUCAUGUCCCGUGACCCCGUAGCGGAGCCCCAUCAUCACCUGUGAAGAUCGCGCCAAUUUACAAAUCCUUAGAAUGAUGCGGUUUCAGCCUCCUUGGCCCUUCUUUGCCGGAUUGCUUCUGGUCACCUGCUGGGUGCCACCGGGGGUCCGCUGCCAGAAUGACACGGAGCCAAUCGUGUUGGAGGGCAAAUGUCUGGUGGUGUGCGACUCCACCCCCUCCGCCGAGCCAUCGGGAAACGCCCUGGGCAUGUCGGUGAGGUCGGGGACGGGCAGGGUGGCGUUCUCCGCCAUCCGCAAUACCAACCAUGAACCCUCGGAGAUGAGCAACCACACGAUGACCAUCUACUUCGACCAGAUUUUGGUGAAUGUCGGUAGCCAUUUUGAUCCCGCCAGGAGUCUCUUUGUGGCUCCAAGAAAGGGAGUCUACAGUUUCAGCUUUCAUGUGGUCAAAGUUUACAACAGGCAGACAAUACAGGUGAGUUUGGUUGUCAACGGGUGGCCAGUGAUCUCAGCCUUCGCCGGCGACCAGGAUGUGACCAGGGAAGCUGCCACUAAUGCUGGCCUGGUGAUGAUGGAAAGGGGGGACAAGGCGUAUCUCAAACUCGAGAGGGGCAACCUGAUGGGAGGGUGGAAGUAUUCCACUUUCUCCGGAUUUCUGGUCUUCCCCUUGUAGGACUGUGGCGAGGUGAAGGUUUGUGGAGAGAUCAAGUCUUUGUCAUCGCUAAGAAUCAUGUUCACCAAGGAAAGACUUUAAUGAUAGUCGGCUGUUUCACAUGGCCCAACAUCAUCCUGACUUUUCCUUUUCCUCUGCACUUUUAUGGCUAACCCAAGAUUGUAGCCCUAAUGUCUUGGCUUGCUCGCAACACGAGGCUUGGUAUUUUCUCAAAUGCAUGAAACUAUUUGUCUGUGUUUUUUUUUUCUUUCUUUCGUUUGAGUUUGCUCGCUUUCUGAUCAAUCUGUCUUCACUUUGUCAUGUAGCUCAAGCUACUAGUGAAAAUUUCUGUUGAGCUAGCUUGCUGGAGCUAGCUAGCUGUUGUAUAUAUAUGAAUGUCUUGCCAUCUCUCUCACUUUCAAUAUACUGUACUGUAUCACACAGUGAAUGUUUUUGUUGUCCUGCAGAUUGUUGAAUUAGGCAGAUAAAUUUUAGCUGGUAAAAAGCA